GGGCAGUCGCGUAUUGCACGCGGUAGUUAACUACUUGUGGCAUCCCCUCAGGUUAGAGAUCUGAAACAAUGGGUGACUGGAGCUUUCUGGGGAGACUAUUAGAGAAUGCACAAGAGCACUCCACGGUUAUUGGCAAAGUUUGGCUGACGGUACUAUUUAUCUUCAGGAUCCUGGUGCUGGGGGCUGCUGCUGAGGAAGUCUGGGGAGAUGAACAAUCGGACUUUACAUGCAACACCCAGCAACCUGGUUGCGAAAAUGUCUGCUAUGACAAAGCCUUCCCCAUUUCCCACAUCCGCUUCUGGGUGCUGCAGAUCAUCUUUGUCUCUAUGCCAACCCUCAUCUACCUGGGCCAUGUGCUGCACAUUGUGCGCAUGAAGGAGAAGAAGAAAGAGGAAGAGCUAAAAAAGAAGGGAAGCAGCAGGGACAGCAACCACCAGGGGGGAGCAGCAGCAGCAGGUGGCCGAGGGAGUAGCAACAACAGCAGCACCAAUAAGGAGCCACCCCCAAAGAAGGAGAAGCCACCAAUCCGUGAUGAGCGGGGUAAAAUACGCAUCAGUGGUGCCUUGCUCCGCACCUAUGUCUUCAAUAUCAUUUUCAAAACUCUGUUUGAGAUAGGCUUCAUUGUGGGCCAGUAUUUCCUGUAUGGCUUUGAGCUGAAGCCACUCUAUCGUUGCAGCCGUUGGCCUUGCCCGAACAUUGUGGACUGCUUCAUUUCACGGCCCACUGAGAAGACCAUUUUCAUCAUCUUCAUGCUGGUGGUGGCAUGUGUCUCGCUGCUGCUCAACAUGCUUGAGAUGUACCACCUUGGAUGGAAGAAGCUCAAGCAAGGCGUGACCAACCAAUACCGCCCUGAUCCACUCCCCCUUGCACCAGCUACCAUUGCAAGGGACUCCAAACCUGUUACUCUGCCAUUGCCAUCUCCGGCAGUGUUCCCUACUGUCCCGCCUGCUCUGCCGGAUUCCCGUGCCAUCACUCCGCUGCUCUCUUCACGGACUGUGCCGCCUUACUAUGCUGAAGCCACUGCUAGGGCACAGCCAGCCACCACAACUUCCCUGGCUGGCUACUCCGGGGCUCCUCCAUUUUCUGAGGAGCGACACAAUACUGCCACUCCCAUUCCAACCUCCAUCCCAAUCCCAACUCUAUCCCCCAUCCCAACACCUAUGCAAGCCAUCACCCCCUACUUCAAUGGCAGCAGCCAGGCCUUAGCUGCCGAGCAGAACUGGACCAAUCUGGCAGUCAAGCAGCAGAGGAAGCCACCAGCCUCCAGCUCAGCUGCCUCCUCUCCCCCCAGCAGCAUCGGACAACAAUCGCCAAAGCAAGAGGUGGCCAGUGAGCAGCCGCUGCCAUCGCCACCUCUUUUGCCACCUGUAGCAGCAGUCAAUAGCAGCAGCAGCACCAGCCUGAGCAGAGGAAGCAGCAGCAAGUGGGAUGUAGAAGGUGAAGAGGAGGCCACAAAGGAGUGUCCAGUGUCAGCUGCCUGCACUACAGUAGAAAUGCAUGAGCCGCCACUGCUCAUAGACACACGGCGCUUAAGCAGGGCUAGUAAGUCAAGCAGCAGUAGAGCCAGGUCAGAUGACUUAGCUGUGUAACAUGGUCCCUAGCACUGGGAGAAGCAAAUGAUGAAAGCAAAGUGUGAUGGGGAGCUGCAUGGGGAGGAGGCCAUGCCCCAGUACAGGGGGUGAGGGAGGCCGGGGUUCCAAACUUUGAAGCUUGCUGUUCUUGCACUCUGUGAGUUGUAGUGGGGAUAAAUAUCUACAUUUUCUAGUAGGUCAGGGGUGGCCAAAGUGCAGCCCGUGGACCAAGGGACCAAUCCCUCUGUCAUUGACAUCAAUGACAAACAUCCCAAUGGCAGCCAUAUGGAGGGCUUGCACAGAUGACAGGUGGUGGCACUGGCAGUGGUGGCAGCUAGCCAUGUGCCUUCAUAGGGAAGCUCUUCCAAGAACAAUGUUAAUACUCUUAGCCCUCACCUUCACUUCCACUCAUCUUAUAUAAGCACUUCAUGAGCAGAGGCCUUGACUUCUUUCCUUCCUCUGAAACCCCAUGCACACCUGUUUAACCACCUCCUUGAAAAUGAGGAUGGCAUAUUGCCUGCUGGCACCUGUCAUCUCUGUGGACCAAUCUGCUAUAUUAAACAUCAGGGUGACAACAUUCUCUUCCAUUUAAUGCAAAGUAGGGCAGCCUUUGCACUCAUGGCAAAUUGCCAAUGCGA